AUGCAGCCAAAGCUUGAAGCGCAAGCCCCGCCGCCCCGACCUCUGCAUGCGCUCAAAGGCUCUUGCCUGGACGCAGAGCUGGUAGCGCUUGAAGAGUUGGGCGCAGGGGUCUCCGCUGCCGUCGCCGCCCUCGCCCUUCAGGAACUUCUCGGCGAACCAGCGGUUGAAGCACUGGUCGUACUCCCGCUUCAUCUCCGUGCAGGCCUCGCCGACGCUGUUCAUGGCGACCGCAGCACCGACGGAGCCGACCCUCCAAGCGCGGACCCGGAAGUAAGUGUGACUUCCACCUUUUGCGCACGGAAGCGAGGUUACGUGCCGACGCACUUCCGGAGCGCCGGACCAGAGGAAGGCAUGUGGGCUCGGCAGCUCGCCCGUAUUUUCCGUGCGGGGUUUUGCUCUCGGGCUGGCGUUCCUGAAGGGGAUCUCCCCGCGCCGCCUAGGGAAGCAGGGGCUCCCCGGAAUAAAAAAGUAACUUUGGAAUUGCUUGAUCACCUGGAGCACCUGGCGCUUGUCGAUUUCCGCAAUCAGGAAGGUGUGGAGCGUUUGGAGAAAGCCAUCGAAUUUGCUGAAAAACUCCAUGCAGUUAAUACAGAUGGAGUAGAGCCAAUGGAUUCAGUACUGGAAGACAGGUAUCUGUACCUCAGGGAAGAUGAAGUCACAGAAGGCAAUUGUGCAGAGGAGCUACUGGAGAAAGCCAAGCAGACCAUUGAAGACUAUUUUGUAGCUCCACCAGGUAACAUCCCUUUACCAGAGCUGGAAGACAGGAGUUUUCUGUAUAAAGAAGAGUCCUAGGCUCUACAUCAGAUGCCACAAUAGACUUCUUCAGCUGCCAGCAUCUACUCCAUGAAGCUGCAUCCAGGAUAAAUCUUCACCGCAUCCCUUGUGCAACUUGAGUUUUCUCUCUGAAAUGACUGCUGUUUCUGUACUGCUUAGGCCUAAGUUAUUACCGACUCUGGAAUUUUUCAAUUAUUUGUGUAUACAUUCCAACAAUGAGGCCAACAAUCCAACCCAGAGUUAAGUGUAAUUAAACCUGCUUAUUUCAAUUGGCUUUGGAUGUACCCAACACCAUUUUUCGUUAUGGCCAAAAGGUUUUCAUGACUGUAACCCCUUUGCUCCUUCAAAAACAAACACCCAAAACCAAACUUUCUACUUCUGAAGGGGAAAUGGUUUUAGAAAAAUGAAAUGUCAUGGGUCUAAAUAUGACUGAGAAACCAGAUAGCAGAAUGUAGCAGAUUUCUGAGCUCUGUAUAUUGAAAGGAGAGUGAUCAUGGCAAGGACCAUUGUCCAGUGUUCUGUCUGGAUAAGCAGACAUAUUUGGGGAGCAGAAUCUCAAGGCUAUCCAGCUGCCAAAGGUGCUCGAGGAUGGAGUGGCUGUCUGUGAUGCGCAGAAUGGUAUGAGAUGAAAGAGGGGCAACACAGACUUCUGGCAGUUUCUUCCUAUCCACCCCAAGAGAGAUUCUGGGCUAGCCCACACCUCUCAAAACAUGGGAGAAGUAUAGGUGUGAUGUUUAAUGGUACAAGA